GGCAAAGUGUGUGGUCUGUGUGGCAACUUUGAUGACAAGUCUAACAAUGACUUUACAACAAGGAGUGGGCUGCAGGAGACUAGUGGUCUGAAGUUUGGGAAUUCCUGGAAACAGUCUUCCAUGUGCCCAGAUGUCACACAAGAGAUUAAGCCCUGUGAAGUGAAACAACAUCGGAAGUCCUGGGCAGAGAAAGAAUGCAGCAUCAUCCGGAGUGAAGUCUUUGAAAUUUGUCACUCCAAGGUGGACCCACGUCCUUUCUAUGACGCUUGUGUUCAUGAUGCCUGCUCUUGUGACAGUGGUGGAGAUUGUGAGUGCUUCUGUUCUGCAGUUGCUGCAUAUGCUCAAGAAUGUAUCAAGGCUCAGGCCUGUGUUUUCUGGAGAACUCCUGAUAUAUGCCCGAUAUUUUGUGACUACUACAACCCUCGUAAUGAGUGUGACUGGCACUAUGAGCCUUGUGGCAGUAAUAUCACAACCUGCAGGAUGAUUAAUAAUGUCAGCACCAACUUUUCAGUACCAUACCUGGAAGGUUGCUACCCCAGAUGCCCUAAGGACAAGCCUGUUUAUAAUGAAGAGACAAAGAAAUGUGUGUCUGAAGAUUACUGUCCAUGCUACGUCAAUGGAAUUCCUUUUCUCCCUGGGAAUGAAAUACCUACAGAAGAGAACUGUACAAAAUGUGUCUGUGGCCUCUCAGGAUUCAUAAAUUGUACACAAGUUACAGGGUGUCCUUGUUUCAUCAAUGGAACACGUUAUGAAGUGAAUACAACUGUGGGACAAAUACAGGAUGGCAACAUAUGUAUAGGAUACAUUUGUGCAGAAAAUGGUUCUAUAGUUGUUGGAAGUACUUAUCCUUGUCCAACACCUGGUGCACCUACAACCAUUUCAACCUCCUCUCCUACCAGUACUAUUACCACCACAGCUCCAUGCUUUGAAUUAAUCUGUUCUUGGACUGAGUGGUUUGAUGUUAGUAACCCUGACAAAGAUGAUGGUGACUAUGAAACCUACAAUAAAAUAAGAAAAGAACAUGGAAGCAAAAUAUGUGAAGCUCCUGAAAAAAUUGAAUGCAGGGCUAAAGAUAAACCUGAUGUGAGCUUAGAGGAACUUGGCCAGAAAGUAGAGUGUAAUAUUGCAUAUGGACUAAUCUGUAAAAAUGAGGAGCAAGAUGCAACUAUAUGGCGACUUUGCUAUAAUUAUGAAAUCAGGGUAAAUUGUUGUCAGCAGCAUCCAAUACCUUGUGGGACAAGUACACCGAGUCCAACACCAACUGCAACUUCAACCACCACCAGCACGACAGUACCCAUCACCACUACAGUCAGGCAGACAACAGCAAUUACCACCACGCCCAUACCCACCCCAACCAUUACAAAUGAAUUCACACCAUCAGUCACCACCCCAGUAACUUCAACCUUUUCAGGUAUUUAA